AUGGCUGGCGCAAGAUUCGUCGCGCUGCUGCUGGCCUGCCUGCUACGUCAGCAAGUUGACUGUGCAAGGAUUGGUGGCCAGUCCGGGAGCAACCAAACGGUGGCAGAGCCCGUCACCAUCACUCUGGGCAUUUUGGGAGCUCUGGGCUCAGUGUACUCCAUGCGGAAGUCCUGGCAGUCGAUCAAAAGAAGCAAGGAGCAGGAUCUUGCGGCGACGAAGCUUGUCCAGGACAUGGCAGAAACUUCGCGGGAACACUGCAGAUUGCUCAGCAACAUCGAUGCCAUGCUCUACAACGGGCAGCUGGGUCUGGAGGAGCUCCUCCACAACGAUAAAGCAGAGCCGGAGGUACGGCAGGCCUGUGCAGAUGAGAACAGACUGCAGCACAUGCAAGACGUGAUGGUGCGCAGUCUUCGCGAAGAAUGCUCGCAUCUGGACGCAGCCGGGUUCCCGGAGCAGCUGGCAGAGUGCAGGAGUCAGGUCGCCACGAAUUUCACAUACUUGGAAUGCGGUCAGACCGCGCUGAAGGACUCGUGGUCCCAAAGACUGCUUUCGGCCAAGCUGAAGCGAUACCGUUUGGAUGCGGUAAUGUCCAGUUGGUGCACGGCGGACGAGCGCAGGGCGCCGCGAGCGACGGAGGCCUCUUUGGAUUUAAAGGCGACCUCCUUGGGCCAAGGCCUUCGGCAGAGCACGCAAAUUGGCCUGUUCGGCCUGGCUACCGCGACGCUGGGCUUGGUGAGCUUCGCCUUCUCGUUGUACGAAUCCGAAACCAACAAGAAGCCGGGCUUCGACAUCUUGUUCCAAUACAUGCAGGCCCAGCAGGAUGCUCGUCAUAGGCAGCUUUGUCAGGAUCUUACGCGGCAUUGGCUGCAAGCCAGCAGGAUCUAUGCCUGGGGCCUGGCUAUGAGAUCGGACAUCUACUUCCAGAGCGGACUGGCUGGGCCCAUGAACACUCUGGACACGGAUUCUUGGGACCGAUGGCCCCUUGAGAGCAGAAGUCAGUGGGCCUGCAGCCGGCCCAAGCAGUGCCUUGUACCGCUCACCCCGAAUGUUGUUGAUGUGGACCCUGCCUACCCGAAGCAGCUUGGAAAGGGCUGCACAGCUGCAGGGUCAUACUUUCGUGUUUGUGGCGAUGGCGGCUCGACUGUCACAACAAUGGUCCCCCUCGCAUGCUUCUCCACAUCCUUUGAGAGGCGUGGACGUAGCAGGGAGUGGACUCUAUCUUUCCGUCUCAGAAACCCACAGCCACCAGGGAGCUUUGAGGAUUCGAACUACGAUGCCCAGGAGUGUGCGAAGCCCCUAAUCGAGUUCAUUGACGGGCAUCGCUCUGUGGCACAAGCUCGCGACAAUAUUCAGCAAGUUUGCAGCCGAGCUGACACCGCUUGA